AUCAAAUUCAGUAUCAUGCCGGCCGUUGCACCGGCAACACCUCUUGUUGUCCCAUUAGUGCUCCAAUUAGUAUCACACACCAUGCGGUGUUCUCUGACGUCAUCCAUUGUUAUGAUGCUAAGUGCGAUAGUCAGUCAAAUAUUAGCUCAACCCGGCCCACUGGUACACAUCGCACAGGGGUCGCUUGUUGGCGAUAGAGCUUUGGAUGGAGACUACAAUGUGUUCUAUGGGAUACCAUACGCCGGCUCUGUAGCUGGCAGAAACCGGUUCAAGGCACCGCCACCAGCCCCAAGAUUCCAAACAGAUCCCUUCGACGCAACCGACUCCUCGACCAGGUGUGCCCAACCAACCACGCGGGGACUGGAGGGACAAGAAGACUGCCUGGUCCUCAAUAUUUUCUCCCGAAACAUAUCAGCUUCACAACCCGUCCUAGUGUUUAUCGACGGCGAAGAAUACACCACCAUGCGCAACAACUUAUACACGUUUAAGUAUCUGGUUGAGAAUAAAAUACUAGUCGUAUCCAUCAACUAUAGACUGUCGAUCUUUGGGUUCCUCUGCCUGGGGGUGGAGCAAGCUCCCGGGAACGCAGGACUAAAGGAUAUCAUCGCGGGACUUCAAUGGAUCAAUAAAAAUAUUGCAUCGUUCGGAGGAGACCCUAACAAUGUAGUCCUUUUUGGACAUGGCUCGGGGGCAGCCAUAGUGGAUCUAUUGACACUGUCUCCACUGUCGGAGAACUUAGUGCAUAAAGCAAUAGCAUCCAGUGGGACGUCCCUCGCUCCCUGGGCAGUCGCAUACAAACCCGUCGAAUACGCAGAGCUUGUUGGAGAAAAACUCCAGUAUACAAAGAAAUCGAGAGCUGAACUAGCUCAGGCGCUCGCAGAAACAAACUUAGACACACUUGGAGCUGCUCUCACUGGAUUCAAUUUCUUGAACAACACCCCACUAUUUGCUCCUUGCAUUGAAGACACCACACUAAAACCUGACAGUGCAUUUCUGUCAGAUGCUCCGAUUAACAUUAUCAGAUCUGGCAAAUACAGACAUGUGCCUUUUAUCACUGGCUACGCAAACAGAGAUGGUACACUGAGAGCAACUGAAGGUUUAAUAGGCAAUUGGCUUCAGCAAAUGAACUAUGAUUUUGCAAACGCACUGCCUGUAGACAUAAAACAUAGCAGGGAGACAGUUGAAAGUAUUAGAGAUGUUUACUUUAAAGGCGCUAUAAAUCGUGCAAGCAUUGAAGACUAUUUCGACUUUGAGGGAGACACUAUGUUUCUUAUUUCCACUAUAAGAGCAGCAGUGGAACGUAGCAAAACAUCGAGAGGAGAAGUGAGACUGUAUGAGUUUUCAUUUAGGGGACAUUUGAGUUCGGAGUGGGCCUUCCCGGGCGUGGAUGUGACGGGCGCAGAGCAUCGUAGCGUGCUGCGGUAUCUCUUCGACUACGAUAUACAAAGUGAAUCAAUAGAUAAAACUAUUCAAGAGUCUCUUGUGAGAAGGUGGACUGCGUUUGCGUAUACAGGGAAGCCCACAUCAUACAUGGACCAAAACUCAACGGGAGAUGACAUAUGGGGAGCCAUAAGCAAAGACUCCGUCACUAGAGCGGGGGCCCAAGCGAUAGAGUACAUGCGAUUCCAAGAUCACAUCAAUGAAGCAGUGUAUGAAGAAAAAAAGAAUAUUAACCCUCAUAAUGACAGAAGACUAUUCUGGGACACAGUGUACGAGGGACACUAUGCGGCUCCUAAGCCGGUAUCAGAUGGAUCCAAUGGGUUGUGUGUAAUGACUCCUUUAGUUUUAUUGUGUUUCAUCAUCGUCCUGUUGUAACGAGUAUUUACCGAGUUAAAUUAAUCAAAAAUACUCAGUGAGAAAGAUUUAUGUACUUACUACUUGGGGGAGCUGAAUAGAAUCUAAGUUUUAUAAAAAAAUAAGCUACUGGUACUUAUGGAACUAACAUAACGUACUUAUACAGGGUGUUG